AUGGCAGAGAUCUCUGAGCCAGAAGGCCCGGUAGAUUGGAAAGAACGAUGUGUACUUCUGGAGUCUCAACUCAUGAAAUUCCGAGUUCAAGCAAGCAAGAUUCGAGAGCUCUUAGCAGAGAAAAUGCAACAGUUGGAGAGACAAGUAAUCGAUGCUGAACGUCAAGCAGAAAAGGCUUUUCAGCAGGUACAAGUUAUGGAGGAGAAACUAAAAGCAGCUAAUAUUCAAACCAGUGAGUCAGAGACUCGGCUCUAUAAGAAGUAUCAAGAUCUGGAGUCCGUAAUGCAGGAGAAGGAUGGCAUCAUUCAGAACUUGGAGUUUCGGCUUGAAGAGCAGAAACAAGUGAGAAUACAAGAAGCUAAAAUAAUAGAAGAAAAGGCGGCUAAGAUCAAGGAAUGGGUAACAGUUAAGUUAAAUGAGCUGGAAGUAGAGAAUCAGAAUCUUCGUUUCAUCAACCAAGCCCAAACUGAAGAGAUAAGAGCAAUACAGUCAAAGUUGCAAGAACUCCAGGGGAAGAAGGUAUCCUGCGUCUCCACGCCGAAGCUCUCAGAAGGGCAGAACCUGAGCAGUUUGACGUUUGGAUGCUUCCUGUCCCGAGCAAAGAGUCCUUCUCAUGUCGUCAGAUCCGAGGAAAUUAGCAAGAUGGCAUGUAAAGAACCCGAGUUCACUGAAGAAAAAUGCAUAGAAGAGAUGGAAAUUGCAGAGAAGCCUGCUGAUAACCAAGUCCAAGAAAACAGAAGCCAGAGGAAGUUGCACGAGACCCCUUGCAGCUCAGAACCGAACCGGAAAACGAGAGCGAGCUUUGCGACGGAUGGUGGGACGUCCCAGAAUUCCGGGGCUCCGGCGAGUGACUGGAGUUCUGACGAGGAAGACCAAAGCAAGGGCCGGUCCAAGUCCAGGUGUACAUCCAUCCUUUCUAGCCACACGUCCGAGGAAGGCGUACAGUGUGACAGGAUGGGUAGCGAAGCGUAUCUCACUGCAUCUGAUGACAGCAGUUCUAUAUUUGAAGAAGAGGCUUUUGGCGUUAGCCGGCCGGAGCCCAAGAAACUGUAUUCUUGGCAGCAGAAGGCCCCGUGGAAAGCUCAGAACAGCCUUGCAAAGGGGAAUUCUCAGGCGGGCAUAAAGGAGCAAGACAGUUCCUCGGAUGAGCUAAAUAAGAAAUUCCAGUCCCAGCGCUUGGAUUAUUCAUCCUCAUCAAGUGAGGCCAACACCCCAAGCCCUAUUUUGACCCCAGCUUUAACUCCCAAACAUCCUAACUCACUCCCCGGGAAAGGAACGCAGUUGGUGCCUCCAGUAUACCUGCCACCCCCAAAGCUAAGGAUCCCCAAUGUUUUCAGUAUAAGUGUGGCGCUCACCAAAAGGCACCUGAGCCAGCCACAGUUAUGUUCGGACCGGAUGUUUGGCAUGAACAGGAAUGCCAUAAGCAUGAUCCGGCCGCUGAGACCUCAGGAAACAGAUCUUGAUGUAGUUGAUGGUGAUGGCUUGGAAGUGGUGGAGAGCAUGGACACAGGCUGUGAUGACAGGUUAUUUUCCUAUGACUCCCUGGAUUCUCCGAAUGCAGAUGACCAGGAAACCAGCGAGCCCACAAAGAAGGCCUCCUGCAGCAAACCUCCCACACCUCCUUUGCAUCGCUUUCCCUCUUGGGAAAGCAGAAUAUACGCUGUAGCCAAAUCAGGCAUUCGAAUGUCUGAGGUCUUCAAUAUGGAGAAUGCUAAUGAAAAUUCUGCAACCAUACUUUCCUACUCUGCAUCAGGUCUUUACACAUCCCUGUUAUACAAGAAUAUGACGAUCCCAGUGUACACAACGUUAAAGGGGAAGGCGACACAAAUAAGUAGCAGUCCUUUCCUGGAUGAUUCCUCUGGCUCAGAGGAAGAGGACAGUUCCAGGUGCAGUUCCAGGACAUCGGAGUCAGAUACGCGCAACCGCAGUGGGCCCAGCAGUCCCAGAGCCAUGAAGCGAGGCGUAUCUGUCUCCUCCAUGGCUUCCGAAAGUGAUUAUGCCAUCCCACCCGAUGCCUAUUGCAUAGACUCGGAGUGCUCGCAGCCUGAGCAGAAACUCCCUAAAACCUGCUCAUCUUCUAGUGAAAAUGGGAAAAAUGAACUGUUAGAGAAAUCUGGUUAUCUACUGAAAAUGAGCGGUAAAGUCAAGACGUGGAAGCGGAGGUGGUUUGUCUUGAAAGGCGGCGAAUUGCUUUACUACAAGUCUCCAAGCGAUGUAAUUCGGAAACCCCAGGGCCACAUUGAACUUAACGCAUCUUGCAGUAUUAUAAGGGGAAAUAACAAACAAACAGUCCAGCUGACCACGGAGAAGCACACAUACUACCUGACUGCAGAUUCUCCCAAUCUAUUGGAAGAAUGGAUUAAAGUGUUACAGAAUGUUCUUCGAGUACAAGCUGCUAAUCCUCUUUGCCUGCAGCCUGAGGGCAAACCAACAGCCAAGGGAUUGCUCACCAAGGUAAAACACGGCUACUCGAAGAGAGUCUGGUGUAUGAUCGUUGGGAAGACUUUGUAUUAUUUUCGCAGUCAAGAGGAUAAGUUCCCUCUAGGUCAGAUCAAGCUCUGGGAGGCUAAGGUGGAGGAGGUGGACAGGUCCUGUGACUCAGAUGAAGAUUAUGAAGCCAGUGGACGAUGUCUGUUAUCCACUCAUUACACCAUCGUCAUCCACCCCAAAGACCAAGGCCCAACAUACCUGCUGAUCGGAUCCAAGCAUGAGAAGGACACCUGGCUUUAUCAUCUCACCGUUGCUGCUGGAAGUAACAAUGUAAAUGUCGGAUCUGAAUUUGAACAGCUGGUUUUCAAACUGCUAAACAUAGAAGGCGAGCCUUCCUCUCAGAUAUGGAGACAUCCCAUGCUGUGUCACAGCAAAGAAGGGAUCCUGUCCCCUCUGACCACACUGCCUUCCGAAGCUCUGCAGACUGAGGCCAUUAAGUUGUUUAAGACCUGCCAGCUUUUUAUAAAUGCUGCCGUCGACUCCCCUGCCAUCGACUACCAUAUCUCUCUGGCUCAGAGCGCUUUGCAGGUCUGCCUGACACAUCCUGAGCUACAGAAUGAGAUUUUCUGUCAGCUUAUUAAACAGACAAGGAGAAGACAGCCGCAGAACCAGCAGGGGCCGUUGCAGGGCUGGCAACUCUUGGCACUCUGCGUUGGACUCUUCCUCCCCCACCACCCUUUCCUGUGGCUCCUCCAGCUCCAUCUAAAAAGGAAUGCAGAUUCCAGGACAGAAUUUGGGAAAUAUGCCAUUUACUGCCAGCGUUGUGUGGAAAGAACACAACAAAACGGAGACCGGGAGGCGAGACCCUCUCGGAUGGAGAUCCUUUCAACCCUCCUUCGUAACCCGUACCAUCAUUCUCUGCCCUUCAGCAUACCCGUGCACUUCAUGAAUGGGAUCUAUCAGGUAGUUGGGUUUGAUGCAUCCACCACAGUGGAAGAAUUUUUGAAUACCUUGAACCAGGACACGGGAAUGAGGAAGCCAGCACAGUCUGGGUUUGCACUGUUCACCGACGACCCUUCUGGCAGAGACCUGGAGCAUUGUCUUCAGGGAAAUAUCAAGAUCUGCGACAUUAUUUCUAAAUGGGAACAGGCAUCCAAAGAACAGCAGUCUGGGAAGUGUGAGGGUACAAGGACUGUCCGUCUGACUUACAAAAACAGACUGUAUUUUUCAGUGCAAACUCGUGGAGAGACUGACAGAGAGAAACUGCUGUUGCUGUACCAGACAAAUGAUCAGAUAAUAAAUGGCCUUUUUCCACUCAACAAGGACCUGGCAUUAGAGAUGGCAGCGCUUUUAGCUCAGGUGGAGAUUGGAGAUUUUGAGAGACCUUUCUCAACUCCAGCCGGGCAUGUGACUAACCAGUGCAAAGCAAGCCAAAACCUCAAACAAGUCAUAGAAAAAUUUUACCCUAAAAGGUACAGGGACAGCUGCUCUGAAGAACAGUUACGGCAGCUUUACCAGCGACUCUCCACCAGAUGGAUGGCCCUCCGGGGACACAAUGCAGCUGACUGUGUGCGCAUUUACUUAACAGUAGCCAGGAAGUGGCCCUUCUUUGGUGCCAAGUUGUUUUUUGCAAAACCCAUAGCUCCCUCAUUAUCUGGCAACAUUUUUGUAUGGCUGGCUAUCCACGAAAAUGGAUUGAGCAUCCUAGAAUACACCUCCAUGAGGUUAAUGGUCAGCUAUGUGUACAAGAGCCUGAUGACCUUCGGAGGGUGUCAAGACGAUUUUAUGGUAGUCAUCAAUACUCAUUCAAAAGACAGGCCGACAGAGAAGCUGCUUUUUGCCAUGGCAAAACCCAAGAUCCUUGAAAUCACCCUUCUGAUUGCCAGUUACAUCAACAACUCUUAUCAGCAGAAAGCCUUCCACCACCUCUCUGCCCCAGCACUGCUCUCAGCCAGGACCCAGGAACCCCCAGCCAGGGCCAUGGGCAGCCAGCCCCUUCCGUCCAACAGCAGGCCCAGCAAAGGCCCCACCUUGCUCUGAAAGCUCCUGAACCUGACCUUCACUCCUGGCUCUUCACAAAGUGGCUGUGCCGGCUACAACCAAGUGUUUUAUACACUGCCAGCGUGUCUCGCACACUAGCACUCCAUACUUUAGCAGUAAUGGGUUACUCGAUUAUCUGACUCUUCAAUAUUCAGAUAACAAUAAAAUAGAAACAUAAAUUGUACCACACAUGCACUGUGUCUUAGACACAGUAGGUUAGAAUUUGUCUCCACCCCACCAGACACUGUGCAAUAAGGCUUC